AUGUCUUUCUGCAAGGAUUGCAUUUCCGGUGUUCGCCAUGAGGGCACCCAAGAAGGCAAGAUGGAGACCAUUGGUGGUGUCUCUUGCUAUGUCGCCACGCCCACGGUCGACUACCCCACAGACAAGGUGAUCAUGUUCAUCACCGAUGUCUUUGGCAUCCCCCUUCCCAACAAUCCGCUCCUUGCGGAUGACUUUGCGCGCAACGGUUUCAAGGUGGUCAUGCCCGAACUCUUCAACGGCGACGCUAUCCCCCCCGACGCUUUGGAGCCUGGUUCUACAUUUGACAUCCAAACGUGGUUCGGUAGCCACGCCCCCGACGGCGCAACCGAGAUCGUACGCAAGGUCAUUGCUGCCCUCAAGGAGCAGGGUGUCACCAAGUUUGGCUCGCUCGGCUACUGCUACGGCGCCCGCGUCUGCUUCAACCUCGCGUUCAACAACGAGGUCCAGGCCGUUGCCGCUGCACACCCGUCGCUCCUCAAGUUCCCCGACGACUUCGAGAAAUAUAUCGCAUCGUCCCAGGCGCCACUUCUCAUCAACUCGUGCGAGUUUGACACCAUGUUCCCGCUUGAGAACGCGCCGAAGGUGGAUGGGCUCUUUGCCAGCUUCGGUCCCGGCUACAAGCGUACCUACUACCAGGGCUGCACCCACGGCUUCGCGGUCCGUGGUGACAUGAGCAAACCCGAGAUCAAGGCGGGUAAGGAGGGCGCCUUCACCGAGAGCGUCAAGUUUAUGCUGGAGAAGCUGUGA